GGCCGCAUCGAGUACCUGGUGAAAUGGAAGGGCUGGGCCAUCAAGUACAGCACCUAGCCCGAGGAGAACAUCCUGGACUCCCGCCUCAUCGCCGCCUUCGAGCAGAAGGAGCGCGAGCGGGAGCUGUACGGGCCCAAGAAGAGAGGACCGAAGCCCAAAACUUUUCUGCUGAAGGCUCGGGCCCAAGCGGAGGCCCUCCACAUUGGGGAUGUACACUUUUCUGUCAAGCCUGGUUCUAGCACCUCAUCUCCCAAGCUCCACUCCAGCGCCGCAGUGCACCGGCUCAAGAAAGACAUCCGGCGAUGCCACCGCAUGUCCCGGCGUCCCCUGCCCCGUCCCGACCCCCAGAAUGGCGGAAGCGUGGGUGGCGGGGCCGGCAUCCGUCCCCCCGUCUCACCCUUCUCGGAGACCGUCCGCAUCAUCAACCGCAAGGUGAAACCCCGUGAGCCCAAACGCAGCCGCAUCAUCCUCAACCUCAAACAGGAGCUGCCAUCCCGCCCCAAUGGGUCAGCGCCCACUGCCCCAGCGCUUGCCCGCGAUGCGUUGCACAGCAAGAUGGAGCAGCUGGAGGAGCAGCUCCUGGCCAAGAUCCUCGCCCUGCAGAAGGAGAGGCACGCUGCCAACACGGACCGCAGCCAGCAGCAGCAUGACAUCGAGAAGGAGCUCAAUGCCCUGCAGAACCGAGUGGCGGAGCUGGAGCACGGAGCUCCAAGCUACAGCCCUCCUGAUGCCUUCAAGGUGACUAUCCCGGUGCAGAACAACUACAUGUACGCCCGCAUGAAGAAGAGCCUGCCGGAGCUCUAUGCCUUCACCAUCUGCAUGUGGCUGAAGUCCAAGGCCUUGUCAGGGCUUGGCACCCCUUUCUCCUACUCUGUCCCCACCCAAGCCAACGAGAUCGUGCUGCUUGAGUGGGGCAGCAACCCCCUGGAGCUGCUCAUCAAUGACAAGGUUGCCCAGCUGCCGCUGAGCCUGAAGGACAAGGCCUGGCACCACGUCUGUGUGGCAUGGACCACUCGUGAUGGCAAGUGGUCGGCGUAUCAGGACGGUGAGCAGCGGGGCUCCGGUGAGAACCUGGCUUCCUGGCAUGCCAUCAAGCCACAGGGCGUCAUCAUCCUGGGCCAGGAGCAGGACACUCUGGGCGGCCGCUUCGAUGCCACGCAGGCCUUUGUGGGGGAGCUGGCCCAUUUUGCUGUUUGGGACCACAUGCUGGCUCCAGCGGAGAUCCUGGCCUUGGCCAACUGUACCUCGCACCUGCAAGGCAACGUCAUCCAGUGGGACGACCAGGCUGUCGAGGUCUUUGGAGGGGCCAGCAAGGCAGCCUUCACCGCCUGCGACGAGGGGAGGAAGGCGUGAACGGCACUCUCAGCUCCAGGCUGCCCUUCCAACCCUCCCAGAUCAACGAGACCCUCUCACCACCACCACCACCCUAUGAUGGGGCGAUGUUCGAGGCCUUCAGGGGAGGUCCCACGGCAGCCCCUCGCUCCUCCUGCCCCUCACCUUGCCCUGUUUUGUUUUGGGCCCUGGGCAUUGGGGAUAUGGGGGGGGCUGGGAGUAGGACAUCCCCUACACUUCUUUAUUUUCAUCGCCCUGAUGUCUGGUUUUGUGAGUCUGCUCCCUCCGAGCCCCUCUUCUCCAUCAGCCAUUCUUCAGAAUCGUCCUCCCCCCAUGGGAUGAAAAAAGUCCUGUGAGGGGGAUCUGUUACUUUUACUUUAAGCUUUCCCUGUGCCACAUAAGGCACAGAAAGAGGGUCAGAGACUCGUCCUCGUGCACCCAGCCCUGGUCAGGGUGGAGGAAAUGAAGCAAAAGUGAGGAAAAGGGGCAAGGGGAGAGGUGUGCCCCAUUGCCCCCCCAGCCUUUUGGGGCUGAGUUGCUUGCAGUGGUGCUGGCCUCACCCAUGCCUCGGCCCCUGCUUUGAGCUGGCUGGGGAUGCUGGGGCCUCGUAGAGUGCCUGAGGAUGCGAUGUUUCCUUGCUGGUGUCUCAAUAUGUCUGUGCCAGGGGUUUUUUGGGGGGGUCUCACGGUGUGAUGUCCAGCUUCCAGCACUCCUCCAAGCCCACCAUGUCCCACUUUGCACCUCCUGCCUAGGGACCAGGGGGCAGAGGGAACAACCCAUCAGGGUGGGGGGAUGCAGUGGGGAUGCAGUGCGGCCCCUGUGCCGAGUGGGAAACACUGUGAUCUUCAUGCCACCCCUCCCCCCGUCCCCCAGUCGCUCGCUUGUGCGUGGCCGUGUCGUGUUGGGACAUUCCUUUUGUAACGCUGGCUGUGGGCAAUAAACGUGGCGUGUCUGUCGGAGCCUCGUGGGGCUGCAAACCUGGUGGAAAAAGAAGGCAAAAAUCCCUAUGGGGAUACUGGGUGUAUGCCUGGAGGAAGGCAGCAGAGCUCUGGGAGCUCAGGGCUGCAGGAUGCUCUGCAGCUCUCACCUAAGGCUCUCUCCUGGGGGCUUGGAGGCAAUCGGGCUGAAUGGGGAACAUGGAAAGGCUAUAAUUUACCCAGGCAUUUUAAAGGCUUAUGGCAAACUCCCCCGAAUAAGGCUCUUAAGGAAAUGAAGUCAUUAUGGAGAGAUUAAAAACUAGUUAAGAGGCAGGAAAUCA